AUCGUCUCAGUUUUUGGUCUAAGUGCUACGUCAAAACAAUCAAUUUAAGUAACUUUUUAAAAUCAUAUAAAUCACGCCGGAGCAAAGUUUUUAGCCUUAUAUUUCGCUGCAGCAGCAAUGUGAAUCAAACACGCCAGGGCACAAGAUCUCCAAAUCUCCGCAUUUCGUACAAACUUGUUUUGUAGAAGGAGUGAAUACUCUCAUUCACGCACUCUUUGAUCUGCCACCCAUUGGCUGGUUCUUUCAUAUCCCACAAUCCACCGCGUCUCUACUUCCUUUUUCCUUUCGGCCAUUUUCCUCCCUCGUAGAGAGGUAAGCAGCCAUGGCCCCCAGCCGGAAUGGAAUGAUCUUGAACCCCCAUUUCCACAAAGACUGGCAGAGAAGAGUUCGCACCUGGUUUAACCAGCCUGCCAGAAAGAUCCGCAGGCGAAAGGCUCGUCAAGCCAAGGCGCGGCGCAUUGCUCCUCGUCCUAUUGCUGGACCACUCAGGCCACAGGUCAGGUGUCCCACAAUCAGGUACCACACCAAGGUUCGUGCCGGACGUGGCUUCACUCUUGAGGAACUUAAGGCAGCAGGCAUCCACAAAAAGACGGCCCGCACCAUUGGCAUCGCAGUUGACCCCCGUCGCCGUAACAGAUCCACAGAGUCUCUUCAAGCCAACGUGCAGCGCCUGAAGGAGUACCGCUCCAAACUCAUCCUGUUCCCCAGGAAGGCCUCUGCACCCAAGAAGGGAGACAGCUCUGAGGAGGAACUGAAGAUGGCCACUCAGCUCACUGGUCCUGUCAUGCCCAUCAAAACUGUGUACAAGAAGGAGAAGGCUCGCGUCAUCUCUGAAGACGAGAAGAACUUUAAGGCUUUCGCCAGCCUGCGUAUGGCUCGCGCCAACGCUCGUCUCUUUGGCAUUCGUGCCAAGAGAGCCAAAGAGGCUGCCGAGCAAGACGUGGAGAAGAAGAAGUAAAAGCAGUGUGAAACUUUGCAAAAUAAAGUCUUUAAAAAGAG